AUGGGCCUUGGGGCAGGAGGUUUGGGUGGAGGAGUGCUUGGAGCGGGAGGCCUUGGGACUGUCAGAGGUCAGGGAGAUGGAGGGCUGGGAGCUGGAACAGGCUACGUACCUGGAGGUGGCUAUGGAGGCGGUUAUGGUCCAGGUGCUGGUCAAUACCCAGGAACUGGUGGAACUGGUCCCAAACCUCCUAAAACAGGAACAGGUUAUGGGCCUGGUGGAGUAGGAUUUGGACCUGGUGGAGUAGGAUUUGGACCUGGUGGAGCAGGAGUAGGGCCUGGUGGUGCAGGAUUUGGGCCUGGUGGUGCGGGAGUAGGGCCUGGUGGUGCUGGGGUUGGGCCUGGUGGUGCGGGAUUUGGGCCUGGUGGAGCAGGAGUAGGGCCUAGUGGUGCAGGAUUUGGGCCUGGUGGUGCGGGAUUUGGGCCUGGUGGUGUGGGAGUAGGGCCUGGUGGUGCGGGAGUAGGGCCUGGUGGUGUGGGAUUUGGGCCUGGUGGUGUGGGAUUUGGGCCUGGUGGUGUGGGAGUAGGGCCUGGUGGUGUGGGAGUAGGGCCUGGUGGUGCGGGAGUAGGGCCUGGUGGUGUGGGAUUUGGGCUUGGUGGUGCGGGAUUUGGGCCUGGUGGUGCUGGAGUAGGGCCUGGUGGUGCUGGAGUAGGGCCUGGUGGUGUGGGAGUAGGGCCUGGUGGUGUGGGAUUUGGGCCUGGUGGUGCUGGAUUUGUACCUGGUGGUGCAGGGGUUGGACCCGGAGGAGUCGGUCCUGGUGGAGCUGCUGUGCCAGGAGGAGUUCCAAUGCUGCCACAGACUGGCACGACUGGGGGAGGACCUGGAGGAAAGAGCGGUGGUAAAGCAUCAAAACAAGUUCCAGGAGUUGGGGUGCCUGGACUCUAUCAAGGUGGAUAUGUACCAGGCCAAGGUUUUGGAGGCCGUGGUGUUCUCCCUGGAGUGGCCACAGGAUCUGGACUUGGGCCACAGACUGGGGCCGGGGUGCUCGGCCAGGGGGGUGCUGGACCAGGGGGAGCCGGCAAUGGUCGGGGACAGCAGUUGCCUGGGGUUUUUCGUGGUUACCCUCUCGUAUCACCAAAAUCAGGGGCAGGCAAAUCGAAGAAUCCAGCCAAAGCUGCAGCUAAAUACGGUGGAGCUGCAGCUGGAGGAGGUGCACUUGGUCAAGUAGGUACUUUGGGGGUUGGGGCUGGAACACUCCCAGGAGGAGGAGUGGGAGUCAUACCCGGAUUAGGAGGUGGAGUUGGAACAGGAGGUGGACCUGGAGCUGUACCUGGAUUUGGAGGUGGAGUUGGAACAGGAAGUGGACCUGGAGCUGUACCUGGAUUUGGAGGUGGAGUUGGAACAGGAAGUGGACCUGGAGCUGUACCUGGAUUUGGAGGUGGAACAGGCAGCGGGCCUGGAGUAGCCAGCAGCAUACCUGGUUUAGGUUAUGGUGCUGGCUCAGCCAAAGCACGCAAAUAUGGUCUACUGGGCGGUGGAGGCACUGGUGCUGCUGGAGGCCUUGGACGAGGAGGACCAGUAGCUGGAGUUGGUCUCGGCACAGGAGGGGGGCCAGGUGGGCCAAGUGUUGGCUAUGGUUUCGGUCCAGGCGGUGCAGGCACUGGUGCAGCAGGAGUUGGACUAGGCACGGGAGUGGGACCUGGCUCUGGGGUUGGUUUUGGUCUAGGUGGUGCCAGCACCGGGUCAGGUGGUCUUGGUUUUGGUCCUGGUGGUGCUGGCACUGGCCCUGGAGGAGCUGGUUAUGGGCCAGGUAGAACUGGGUACGGUCCAGGUGCAACUGGAACUGGAUUAGGAGGAGCAGGAACAGGACCUGGAGGGUAUGAUGCCAGUGCCAAAGCUCGUAAAUAUGGCAUGUUAAGUGGAGCACUUGGAGGUCAAGGGACAAGCACUGGAGGAUUCAGGCCUGGUGGUGCUGGUACAGGCUAUGGACCUGGAGGUGCUGGUACAGGCUACGGACCUGGAGGAGUUGGACCUGGUGGUGCUGGUACUGGCUAUGGACCCGGUGGUGCUGGGACAGGCUAUGGACCAGGUGGUGUUGGCACAGGACCAGGCAGCCAUGGACCUGGUGGAGCAGGGGUUAUUCCUGGUGUUUAUACUGCUGGAGGUCAAAGACUGGGGACAAGAAAGCCACCCAAGUCAGGCUAUGGAUCAUCCUCACUGGGUGGAGCAGGCUAUGGGCAAGGAACAGGUGGUUUCGGACCAGGUGGUGCUGGCACAGGAACGGGUGGCUUCGGACCAGGUGGUGCUGGCACAGGAACGGGUGGCUUCGGACCAGGUGGUGCUGGCACAGGAACGGGAGGCUUCGGACCAGGUGGUGCUGGAACAGGAACGGGUGGCUUCGGACCAGGUGGUGCUGGCACAGGAACGGGAGGCUUCGGACCAGGUGGUGCUGGCACAGGAACGGGAGGCUUCGGACCAGGUGGUGCUGGCACAGGAACGGGAGGCUUCGGACCAGGUGGUGCUGGAACAGGAACGGGUGGCUUCGGACCAGGGGGUGCUGGCACAGGAACGGGAGGCUUUGGACCAGGUGGUGCUGGAACAGGAACGGGUGGCUUCGGACCAGGUGGUGCUGGCACAGGAACGGGUGGCUUCGGACCAGGUGGUGCUGGCACAGGAACGGGUGGCUUCGGACCAGGUGGUGCUGGCACAGGAACGGGUGGCUUCGGACCAGGGGGCCAAAGAUUAGGAAAAAGAAAACCUGCUAAAUCUGGUUAUGGAGGAGCUGGGGAUGGAUCAGGACGAUUAGGUGGAGGUACAAGAGCUGGUCCUGGUGGAGUUGGAGCUGGGCCUGGCGGCUUUGGCCCAGGAGGUGCUGGAACUGGCGGCUUUGGCCCAGGAGGUGCUGGAACUGGCGGCUUUGGCCCAGGAGGUGCUGGAACUGGCGGCUUUGGCCCAGGAGGUGCUGGAACUGCUGGCUUUGGACCAGGAGGUGCUGGGCCUGGCGGUUUUGGCCCAGGAGGUGCUGGAACUGGCGGCUUUGGCCCAGGAGGUGCAGGAACUGGACCAGGGGGGUUUAGACCUGGUGGUGUGGGUGGAUAUGGACCUGGUGGCCAAGCACUUGGGAAUAGGAAGCCUCCUAAAUCGGGUUACGGCUCGUCGUUGGGUGGAACUGGCUAUGGACCAGGUGGUGGAGUAGAAGGACUUCCUGGUGCAGGAACAGGAGGUAUUAUUGGAAGCUUAGGUAGUGCAGCAGGAGGAACAGGAGGGUCCUGGGGUCCUGCAGGAACAAGUCAGGGAGUAGGAGGAGGUGCAGGCGGCUUACCAGCAGGGGGUGUUGGCCCUGGCUAUGGUGGGGUGGCUGGUGGAAGCUAUCCAGGAUACACAGGGGCCGGGCAAAAAUCCAAGGCACAGAAGGCAGCCAAAUAUGCAGCCAUGCAGGCCUUUCUGGGAGCUGGGGGCUACAGAGGCGCUGGCUGUCAGGGUAAAUACUGUGGCCGAAGGAGGAAGUGAGAGACCAAAAGACAGGAAGUGACCUCAUAAACACAACAGUGGUGCUAUUGCAUGAUCCCAGAUUGUAAAUGUCUCACCUGCCGUAGAAGCUAAAGCUUCAACGCAUUCCACAAUUAAGUUACAAUUUUCAUUAUCCUAGAUUUUAUACAAGGGUCUCUUUCAAAAAGAGCAUUGGUUCUCAGCAUGUUUGGGUUGUGAUUCCUUAAAACAAUGCAAUGCCUCUGUUGCAGGCUGCUGUGCAGAGUGGUAAGAUUUGUCCUUGUGUUGUUUUCUGGAUAAUUCAGCGAUUUGACUUUGAAACAAUUUUAAAUGUCUUUAUGGGGAUCCAUUUCUUUUAACAGCAAUUUAUUCCCCUAUGAAUCACAUUGUGACUCUCUUAGGAUCCCAACUACCAGGCUGAGAACCACUGAAAUAAAAGAUCAAGAUGUCUUCUGAAAUUCUGAGGCCAAGUUGUACUAUAAUACAGUUUUUGUUUAUUGUUGUUGAACAUCAUUUGUGUUCCUUUGCAAGUAUCACCAUGAAUCCUCUGGGUGAAGACUGAUACCAAGGACACCCUCAGGGCAGCUCCUUCAGACCUGUCUGCAUGCUGACACAAUGUUGUUGUAUUUUUCUCUCAAUUCAAGGCCAAGGCCAUACUUUUAUCCAGUUAGACUGGAUUGUGUUGGUUUUGUUUGUGUAAUGUGUUAAUUCACUGUUUUUAGCUUUUACAUCAAAGUGCAAACACUUGGAUAAUCUGUACAGACAAAGAAACGGCUGCUAUUUUGGGGGGAACUGUGAACAAAAGGGACUAAGUGGAUUUUUUUGUAGUGUUGUGUUUUGACUGGUCAUUAUCUGAUCCCUGAAAAGCAGUCCGUGUUCAUUUGAACUGUGCUCAGGCCUCAGCAGUAUCAACACCUGUGGAGGCUGAAGGUCCUCAGCUGUUAACACUCGUGAGAUUCUUCCACUCCAUGCACAACAUUAAAGGCAACGUUUUAUAGAUACACACAGAACACUGAUUGGUAUUAGUGUAAACUUUUGGUUAACGUGCAUAUUUUUUCAUUAUUAGAAGGAUUAAUUUGUUAUAUUAUCAUGUGGCUUAGAUGUGGCUUUUACAUUUGCUGUUGAGGUAAGCAAUUAAACUAAAUGUGAGGUAAUAUGAUGAGAAUAUGUGAUAAUGCAUUUAAAUGGCAUCUGAGGAGAAUUGAUUACUGUGUUUUUAUUUUUUGGAGUACCUCUUUUAACACUGUUGGAAAAUUGUUCACGUUUGCUAGUCUUUUUAAAUUAUGCUGACAAAAAGCAGAACAAGCUGAGUGCUUUAUCUAUUUAGUCUCAUUUUACGAAUUCAAUAUUAAAUAUUUGAGUUAUUUUGUGUGUAUUUUAACAGUUUUUAAACAUGUGUCCUACUAUGGUUUAUAUAAGUGCUUUGUUUUCUGCAUUGUGCUAAAUCACAAUGUAGUCUGUGAUGUCAUUUGGAUAAAAAGUGUAAUUGAAUCUCAUCUUGCAUUUGAGCUUGUGUCUCUAUCAUGAAGAAAAGAAGAAAACCUAUGAAGAAAAUGAUGCACUUUUGUACACGUUCAGACAAUGCUCUUUGAAAUAAAGAAAUUACCAACAACA